CUCCGUCGACCUAGAUGAGUCGGAACAUGCGGCACUUCAUGCCAGAAGUCGCCGAUGAAAUCCAGCCGACAGGACGAUUCAAACGGCACCACUGCGAGGAGCAGGCGGCGCCUGUGUUUUUAUUGAGUGGUGCGUUGGCCCUGCACCACGAAAUCUCCCUUAGAGACCUUCUCGACCCAGUCAACCUUUCGUCGGUUCAACAAGCCAUCCUCUGCUGUGCCCCCAUUCGAAUCGACCGCGUACCACAUGCAGUUCGUUCUGAAGAGUGUGCGUGCUUUGUUGUCUUUUACCGCACAGCUCCAAAAAUGCCCAACAUGCACAGGCCCCUCCAUCGUGUGCUGAUUGUUUAUAAGACAACGUAGAAGCCAUGCCGCGAUUCAAUCGAACAAGUCUUGCAAUGCGCUGCCCGUGAACUCUGUAGGUUGCGUCCUCUUUCUCAUAAAGCAUGCGAUCGGGUGCGCCC